AUGGCGAUUGUUCAAGCCACUCCGGGCAGCAACACUCUGCACACGAAGUGGGUCUUUAAGACCAAGACCGACGCGCACGGUGAGAUAGAGCGCCUGAAGGCUCGACUGGUCGCCUGCGGCAACGAGCAAGUUUUUGGGGUCGACUACCAGCUUACAAUCGCGGCUGUCAUGGACAUGUCGACCUUGAAGGUGAUCUUGGCGCUUGCAGCGAUAUGGGGUGUCCCAGCAAAGCAUGGCGACAUCCCCAAUGCGUAUGUCAAGGCUGACAAGGAAGCGCACUUAGCGAUACUACUCCAGGUGCCGCAGGCAAUGAAAAUCGAUCAAGACGCGCUCAAGAUGAUAGGCGCACCGACAAAGAAGGAAUUGGUCAUCGUGGGCGUCUACGUCGACGAUCUACUUGCUACCGGCACGGACGCUGCAGCCGUCGACCGGUUCUUUGUCAAGCUCGGCAGCUUGUCGAUCAAGGACCUCGGUACCUUCAACAAAUUUCUCGGCAUGCGUGUCACGAUUGACACCAGUGGCGGCUACGUGAUCUACCAGGCCGAGGCGAUCGGCGAGCUCCUGCGUGAGCAUGGUCUCGAGGACGCAAACACGACGAAAGCACCAAUUGGGGCUGACUGCUACAAGGUGCUACCAGAUGACGGCGUGCUGCUCCCCGAGACUACGGUGCAGGGAGCGCCAACAAUCAAGACUUUCCGGUCCCUCGUCGGCAGUCUGCUGUGGAUCUUGCGUUGCACACGGACGGACAUUGCGUUCGCCGUGCACAAGGCGACGCGUCAGACUCAUCAGUCGCGACUCCAUCAGAUGAAGUUUGCCAAAACGCAUCGCGCGGUACCUGAAGGGGACGCGUGA